CUAGCACUCUUGGUUUUUCCCUACGAUUCAGCCCCAUUUUCGUCGUGACCACCAGACAGACAGAAACCCCCUCCUAAUUUUCUCUUUUCCCAAACGCGAUUAACAGAUUUACAUCUCUCUCAUAUCUGCAAAUAUGAGCAAGGGACCAGGACUUUUCUCUGAUAUUGGCAAGAAAGCCAAAGAUCUGCUGACGAAGGACUAUGUCUCCGAUCAGAAAAUCACCGUCUCGACUUACAGUGACACCGGUGUGGCCAUCACAUCAACUGCAGUGAAGAAAGGAGGACUAUCUACUGGGGAUGUGGGAGCACAAUACAAAUUCAAGAACACUCUAAUUGAUGUCAAAGUUGAUACGGAAGCAAAUAUCUCAACAACUUUAAUUAUCACUGAUAUUGUCCCAUCUACAAAGACUAUUGCUUCAUUCAAACUGCCUGACUACAGCUCCGGCAAGCUAGAGGUACAGUACUUGCACCACCAUGCAACCUUCACUACAGCUGUUGCUCUGAACCAACCCCCUACGGUUGAUCUUACAGCAACCGUUGGUACUCCAACCAUUGCUUUUGGUGCCGAGGCUGGUUAUGAGACCGCUUCUGGUAAAUUUACGAAGUAUACAGCUGGCAUUAGUGUGACAAAACCAGACUCGUGUGCUUCAAUACUUCUAGGCGAUAAAGGAGACACCAUAAGGGCAUCAUAUGUGCACAAUUUUGAUCAAUUAAAGAUGAGUGCUGCUGUUGGAGAGAUCACUAGAAGGUUUUCCACGAAUGAGAACACAUUUACUGUUGGAGGAUCUUAUGCAGUCGAUAACCUGACAGUGGUCAAAGCAAAGCUCAACAAUCAUGGGAAGCUCGGGACCGUCUUGCAGCACGAACUCAUACCAAAAUCGCUUCUGACCAUCUCGAGUGAGUUCGACACCAAGGCCUUGGACAAAACACCCAGGUUUGGCUUGGCUCUUGCUCUCAAGCCUUGAAGUUUUUGUCUGCUUGUCAAUGAUGAUAUCUUGUUGAAAUUCGAUAUUCCUCCUGAUUUUUUUUGGGUAGCGCUUGGAAGGAGCGCUUCAAUAAGUAGUACCACAGAUAUAUUUGUUUUAGGUUCUCAAUGACUUUGGAUGGCUUGCUUUGAUACUUGACGUUUCCAUGGUCUUUUUUUCUCUCUUGUAUUUGUUCUAUUUUUCUUUUCUAAGCAUUUUGACAUUUGCACAUUUAUUCUCUUGACAUGCAAGAGCUUUUGUUGGGAUUGACACUAAAGAAGUUAAAUUGCUUGCUUGUUCCUUCUUAUGACUUGUUUUGAGGAAGUUUGAUUUGUUCACAAGAGAGGCUAGUCAUCCCGAGUGACUUGCCACUUGACAGAUUCUUGUGUAUAUGUUUCACAA